AUGGUUAAAGUAGCCGUUUUAGGCGCCGGUGUAAACGGUUUAAGUUGUGCAGUGAAAAUAAAAGAAAAAUAUCCAUAUAUUGAUGUAGUACUAAUUUCUAAUGAUUUUACACCCAACACAAUUAGUGAUGGAUGUGGGGGGCUGUGGUAUCCUUAUAUUUGUGGUGACACGCCGCAAGAACUCUUGUGUAAAUGGGGAGGAGAAACGUAUAAAUUCAUGCAUAAGUUAUGGUUGGAAGGUGGUCACGAUAUAACUUUUAUGCCGUUAUACGAGUUGUACCGGAGAAAAGUAGACCUCCCCAUAGAAGACUGGGCAAGUGUUGUGUUCGGAUACAGAAUUUUUGGGGAAAAGCAGCUGGAAUAUUUUAGCGAUAUUUAUUCAAAAAAAUAUAUAUGUGGACGAGGUUUUAUAACAUUUAUAGCAUAUUCGCCAACUAUUCUAUCGUUGCUCCACAAACGAUUCAAGAACGCAGGAGGCGUAAUAAUACGUAGUACUAUUGGAUCUUUAAACGAUACCAAAUUAGAUGAUUACGACAUCAUCAUUAAUUGCUUAGGCCUUGGAGCCAGAGACGUCGUCCCUGAUAAGAAAGUCUUUCCAGUAAGAGGACAAAUAUCAAGAAUUUCUGCGCCAUGGAUAAAUGAAAUUCUUUUCGAUGACUAUCAUGGAAACUAUAUCUUACCCAAUGUGCAUAAUUGUGUUUUGGGCGGUACGCAUCAGGAGAACGAUUAUAACUUGGAAAUAGAUGAUAAAGACACAGAUAUAGUCAUUAAUGGGUGUAAAGAUAUAAUGCCCGGAAUUAAAAAUGCUAUAAUUAUUACCCAUUGGGUAGGUUUGAGACCGGGCAGGGACGAAGUCAGACUUGAACCCGAAGAAAAAGAUGGCAAAUUAUACAUUCAUAACUAUGGACAUGGUGGCAGCGGUUUUACCUUGUUUUGGGGCUGUGCAUCAAAUGUGCUUGAAAUUUUCGAAAAACACAUGAAUGGCAUUGGAAAAAUAGAAAAAUCUAAACUA